AUGGACACUUCUUCUUCCUCAAGUGCAUCUUCAUCUUCUACUGUACAAAUAAUGAAUAAUGGAAGCAAUGGUGCGGCAGAUACCAUAGAGUAUCACACAACAAAUAGUAUUACUCUCUGUUUAAAAUACAAGAAAGAUCAAUAUACAAUAAUCGAUAAACAUUCAAACGUAUCAUGCUGGUCUACAUUUGGUUUACCGGCGAAAAUUUUAGGACCUGAUAAAUACGAAGUUCUCAACAACCUACAUUUGAAAUUACCGGCGGAGAAAUCAAUUGCAUCAUCACCUACUCGUAAUACACCCAAACCUGUUAAUACAAAGAAUCUUGAAAAACACAAGCAUCAACUAACCAGUCUAUUGAGCGAAUGGUUAUGUUCAGGAACACGUCCUGUCAAUAUGGUGGAAGAUAUUGGUUUAAAAGCUUUUGUGGAUCAUUGCAUCCAUAUUGGUUAUAUGUAUGGUCCGAUACCUGGAUCUUCACUUUUACCGUGUAGACGAACAGUCAACAAAGAAAUAAAACAUAUGGCUAGUGCUGGAAGAAAUCAAAUGAAAACUACUCUCAUCAAAGCUGCAAAGAGAAGAUGUUUAACCUUAUCUACAGAUAUUUGGUCAGACGGAUACAAGAAGGUAUCUUAUCUCGGUUGUACUGCUCAGUGGGUGGAUGAAAAUUGGAAUUUAUGUUCGUUUGAACUGUUUUGUUUACCAUUUCGAAAACCAAACAAAACAUCGAAAAAUGUUUUCUUGGUAAUUGAGGAAGGACUGGCACUUUAUGAUUUACAACCAUUUAUGGACGAUAUCAUAUGGGUGUGUGAUAGAGGUAGUAAUCUUAAAAAGGCAUUAGACAAGUUUACGGUGGUGCAUUGCAUUGGGCAUAGACUCAAUAAUAUUCUUCAAAAAACAUUUUAUCAAGCGGAAACUAGCAAAGCAAAGAAGGACAUUGCAUUUGGAGAUUUGUAUGUCACAAUAGCUGAAGAUGAAGAUGAUGAAAUCAGUGGAUGUGAAAGCGAAGAAGCAUCUUCGGAUAGUGAUAUUGAUGAAAAAUUACUUGAUAAACGAACUAAAAAUAUUAAUUAUGCAUCUUCCAUUUCAAAUAAAAACAAUGCAACAACAACUAUUGCUCAAUUACCAUCUGAUGCCAAACGUUUAUUAAUAACUAUUAUUCAUUCCAAAGAAUUAGUACAAUAUGUCAAAAAGGUGAAUUUAAAUCAAGAUUUAGAAGAGAAGAACACUGCAAUUCUUAUACAAAGUACAAUUGUACGUUGGCUUUCCUUGUACAACUGUUUAAAGAGUGUACGAGGAUCUUUAACAGCGCUAACAGAAAUAUUCGACGAAAAGCAUUUGGAAAAAAAGCGAAUAAAUCUUAUUAGUAUAUUUAUGUUGGAUAAAUUAAUUGAGUUUUUAAAACCAUGGACAUACGUUAUGAAACGAGUUCAGUCUUCACUUGUUCCUUCGGUUCAUACGGUUACUCCCAUUAUCUUUAUGGUCAAUUCAUCGUUAGAUAUUAAAGCAAAUGAUUCUAAACAAGAGAAAGGGAUUAUGUUUUUUCGACAACGAGCGAAACAAAUCAUGAAACAAAUGAUUAUUUUCGAUCCUAUCCAUUUGAUAGAAACUUUCUUCAAUCCGAAAACUCGUAAAAUGACAUUUUUAACGGCAAAACAAAGAGAAGAAUGUUUAGAGUAUGUUAAACAAGAAAUGUUAAUCUUUGACGUUGAUCAACAGGUACCAUCACCGUCACACAGAAAAGAAAUUCAAUUACGAAGAAAUACUUCAAGUUCGUAUAUGGCUGAUUUUUAUUUAAUAGCAGAGAGAGAGGAUGUCGGUGGACACGGAUCUUCAAAAAUCUCAGCACAUGAAAUGGAAAUUGAUAUGUAUCUCAAGCACGGUGUAGAUAGAACAACUAACGGAAAUACUGAUCAAGGAACUGACGAAUACAACCCAUUAUGUUUUUGGAAAGCUAGACACUCAUCCUAUCCAGUUCUAUAUAAAGUGGCAGCUCGAGUUUUGGCUGUACCUGCAACAAGUAGUGCGGUAGAACGAGAAUUUAGUUUCACAGGUAACAUUAUCACUCAAAAACGUUCGAGAUUAUGCCCUAAUACAGUCAACGACAUUGUAUGUAAUCAUUCAUAUGCUUUAUUCAAAAUGAGAUUUGGUGAAUCAAUAGAGUGUGAAACUAUCGAACUCUAA